AUGACUUCAGUAUCUGAUGAUUUAUGCAAAGACAACAGACCAGAGCUCUCUCCUCAAGCAUUAUGUCAUGUUGUCCUCCGCACCAGCCCAUCCCAAUACGAACGAAUGAUUGAAUUCUACUUGCUAGUAUUGGGUGGAAGGGUGUCCCACAAGACUCAUCGGUUGUGUUUCCUCGGUUAUGAUGAAGAGCACCACCGACUGGCUAUCAUUGCCGACCCAUACGCGGUUCCCAAGUCCGCCAACAUCAAGCCCGUCGUUGGACUACACCACAUGGCGUUCGGAUUUCCUCAGCUCUCAGAUUUGGUCACUUCUUACGAACAGAAGAAGUCGGCCGGGGUGAUGCCGGAUUGGUGUGUCAAUCAUGGUAUGACAAUCAGUAUGUACUAUAAUGACCCUGAUGGAAAUCAGGUCGAGUUUCAGGUGGAUACUUUAGAUAGUGCGCGAGCUGCCGUGGAUUAUAUGAACUCUGCAGAGUUUGAAGAGAAUCCUGUGGGAGUCGAUUUUGAUCCUGAAGAGUUUUGUAGGAGGGUGAAGAGUGGAGAGGAUGAAGCUGCAAUUAAAAGACGUCCAAAGAUUGGGAAAAGAGACAGGAGGUAA